AUGAAAAUCACGCUGAAGUAUGAGGAAGCUGGUACAGAGGACCUUUAUAUGACGCUGCGGCUAACUCUGCCGCAGAAGUAUGUCAACGGAACAAACAAAGAGGUGGUCAAGCUUUUUGUUGACCACUACAACAAGAAACAUGCUGAGACUCCGCUUUCAAUGGAGGAACUGCACCUCAAAAUUGUUGGUGGGGUUCACCUUGAUAAUGAAGAAAGAGUGCGUGACUCUUUGUCGAAUGGCGAUGAGUGCUACCUCCUAGGCAAAGACUCAGAUGGGCCUGCGCCCAAGAGGCCAGAGGUCGAGAAGGGCUACCACUGCACUCCAGCGGCUCCCAAAGAUGCUGCAGAAAAAAAGGUUGUGAAAAACGAAGAUGGGAAAGUCAGGUGUAAGAAUUUCGGCUGCCAGAAAUUUUUUGAUCCAGAUGGGCCGCCGCAAGAAUGCUUGCACCACAAGGCGGCUCCGAUCUUUCAUGAGACAGCGAAAUGGUGGUCAUGCUGCCCAGACCGCAAGGCCUACGAAUUCGAUGAGUUCAUGAGGAUACCGGGUUGCACCCAGGGCUUCUGCAAUAGUGAGAGCCAAGGGAAGAAGCGUUUCCUCGGCGGCACCGACCUUCGUGGAGACAGCGCCCCGGUUCGAUUAGACGCCGACGCUCCUCCAGACCCGCGGCAGAAGUUGGAAAGCAUGCGCAGAGGUCUGGUCGCCGUUGGUGUGGAUGGGGAGCUGUUCCAAAAGGUUGCCGGGAAGCUGGCUCAGUCUGGCGAUUUGGAGAAGGAAGCUGGCCUUGAGAAGCUGGGAUUCUUCCUCACUUUGCCCUUGCUUCUCACACCUUCCGGCCGUGAUCCCAAUGCUGGCGCUGGCCUCGCAUCACGCCCCAAGUUUGCCAUCCUGGCAGCAUUCAUUAGCGGAGUAAGUUGCGCUGUGGCUAACUUCUUCUACUCCCGCGCGAUGAUGAACGGCGAUGCGGGAGCUGUAUCUGCCAUCACAGCAUCUUACCCGCCUGUCACACUGAUCUUAUGUGCCGCAUUCAUGCGCGAGAAGGUUUCGAGGAACAAGCUUCUGGGAUCCUUCUUCAUGCUCUUGGGUGCUUUCUUCAUGGCGCACGGUGAAACUCGAGAACCUCCCCGUACCACGUUAGAUUCAUUUAUCCAGGGCAAAGAAGUCCUGGGCGAGAUAGCUUUUGCGACGGGCGCCCAGGCCAUUUCCGAGUUCGACCGAGUCCCGUACGGCUGCUCGAAAGUGAGCGUGGAUGUGCCCCACAACAAGAUCACAGGACCUGUUGCCGAACUGGCUCGCACCCUCUACUUCACACGGCGCGAGGCGGAGGAGAUGAUGCAUACUCCGAAGCUGGACCCCAAGGUGAGGCACUACGCAACCGACACAGCGCACUAUGCGCAUGACCUGGAGUUCUUUGCCAGGCAGCUAGGGCUUGCGAUGAAGAUGCCAACUGGGGUGGAUCCGCCAUACCUCCCCCUGGACAUGAUGUCCAUGCCGGAUCCUUCCAUCUUAGCCUUGCUGCCUCCCCACCGGGGCGUCGACAGGUCAUGCCUGGCAUACCAGGCAUCCUUGCAUAGGACCGGCAGCUUCCUGUGA